GGGGAAGGAAGGACAGACAGACAGCAGGCAGAGUGCAGACAGAUGGGUGGACAAUCCACAGCUGGCGAAAACACAUAGAUAGAGUGCAGCUGGGGACAGGCGGACGGACGGUAUGCAGGUUGGGGACAGGCGGACGGACGGCAUGCAGGUUGGGGACAGACGGACGGACGGCAUGCAGGUUGGGGACAGACGGACGGACGGCAUGCAGGUUGGGGACAGACGGACGGACGGCAUGCAGGUUGGGGACAGACGGACGGGCGGCAUGCAGGUUGGGGACAGGCGGACGGACGGUAUGCAGGUUGGGGACAGACAGACGGACGGCAUGCAGGUUGGGGACAGACGGACGGACGGUAUGCAGGUUGGGGACAGACGGACGGACGGUAUGCAGGUUGAGGACAGACGGACGGACGGUAUGCAGGUUGGGGACAGACGGACGGACGGUAUGCAGGUUGGGGACAGACGGACGGACGGUAUGCAGGUUGGGGACAGACGGACGGACGGCAUGCAGGUUGGGGACACGGCCCUGAUAGUGGACUGCGUCGGGAGUGACGUCGAUAUCGUGGUGACCGUUCCACGUUCCUGGCCGGAAAAAUCCCGCGUAAUUCUGCAAAAAUAUUUCCAGUCGCGCAGGAAGUCUUGCGGGGGGGAGUGUGAUGUCAUCGGAGUGGAUGAGCGGACGUACAGAGUGACUUUCCGGCAGAAAGAGGAUAAACAAAACGUGCUGCGCAGGCUGAGGAGCGCGAUUGAGGCGGAUGGCAGGACGCUGGACAUCGUGGUCGGGAGCGAACGGCAAUCAGUAACGGCCGAUAGGGACGGCGCUUGUCGUCAUAAACUGACGGAGAGAAGAGACGAUCCCAAGGACCGAAGAGACGAUCCCAAGGACAGAAGAGACGAUCCCAAGGACAGAAGAGACGAUCCCAAGGACAGAAGAGACGAUCCCAAGGACAGAAGAGACGAUCCCAAGGACCGAAGAGACGAUCCCAAGGACCGAAGAGACGAUCCCAAGGACAGAAGAGACGAUCCCAAGGACAGAAGAGACGAUCCCAAGGACAGAAGAGACGAUCCCAAGGACAGAAGAGACGAUCCCAAGGACCGAAGAGACGAUCCCAAGGACAGAAGAGACGAUGGCGGUCUUUUUGUCUCAAAACGAAACGACUGUUUGUGUUUCUUUCAGAUCUUCACCAGAGUGUCCGUGACGCUAAACGCCGACUUCGUUACCAAGGAGCUCAUAAGGGGGAUGUUGGAGAAAUUCCCAUCCCUCCGGGUGACCAAGGAAUCCCCGCCGGGCAUCGAGGAGGUGACGGGGACUUUUCACGAAAUCGAGAAAGUUCAUAAAUAUUUCUGCCAACGAGUUCUGGAGGAGACUCCUGCGCGGCGCUGGGACAGAAAUGUGACUCUCCCCACACCGCUCUAUGAGUACUUCAGCGAGGUUUACUCAGAGGACAUCGACAGAAUCAAGAGGGAAUGGAAGGUGGAACUCGAAAGGAUUGACGAGCCGACAGACUGCACCAAAAUAACCAUAACGUCCGGAGAAUCCGACUCGUGCACCGAGAGAGCCCAACAAGCCAUCUCCGACGUCAUUCAGAAGAUCACAUCCGACUGGGACCAGACCCUAGCAAGACCCCCGCUCCAAAAAAUGCCCUCUGGUCAAGAGUUCAGACUGCGCAUGAGGAAGCUUUUCCCUAAAACGUUACCCAUUAUGCACCCGGACACCGUGACCCUCCGCGGCCCAGCGGCAGAAGUUCUGCUGGCCCGGAAUUUCAUUGAAGCCGGCGGAAGGAACUCGGCUCCGUUUCCAAAUCCGGUGACCAUCAAGAGCUCGACGGCCGCUGAUCUGACAGUGAGAGCGAGACACCUGGAGAUCGUAAAGAGACUCCGAUCCGCAGAGAUCAGGGAGAUCGAGCAGAAAUAUAACGUGACGAUGGACGAGACGGCCUCGGGUCCGCAGGAGGUGUGCGUGAGAUUCAGCCGCGCAGGUGGACACCUUGACCUCGGAGCGCAUGCAUCUCAGAUCUUCCUGUGUUUGCUGCAGGCGACCAUCGCUGAGGCAGAGGGGCAAGACUUCAAAGAACGGAUCCUGCCGGAAGGAACCGACAUGACGUCUAAAUGCAGCGGACAAGAAGCCCCAACCACGUCUUCCAGCCGCGCAUCAAAUGAUGAGAGUAAUUCCGCCCGGCCCCCAGGAGGAAGCCGCUUAGGAGACGGGGCCACAGGAGACACCGGCCAAGAGAAUAAGAAGAGCGCGGGCGAGGAGGAGGAGGAGCGGUGCCCCAUUUGCCUGGACGCUUUCACAGAGAGAGAAGUUCUGCCCAAAUGCAAUCACGCAUUCUGCAAAACGUGUUUAGAGAGCUGCAUGGCGUCCAAACCCGUGUGCCCGGUGUGCAACGUGGCCUACGGCACGGUAACCGGAACCCAGCCGGACGGAACCAUGAAAGAAACCAUUCUGGCGUCUUCUCUGCCGGGAUAUCGGUGCAAAACCAUCCAAAUUACAUACGUGAUCCCCGACGGUACCCAGGGGCCAAAUCACCCCAAUCCAGGGCGCAGAUUCCAGGGCACGUCCCGCACGGCGUAUUUACCCGACGACCAGGAGGGCCGGGAGCUUCUCCUCCUGCUGAAAAAAGCUUUCAACCAAAAAUUAAUCUUUACGAUCGGCGAAUCCCGAACCACCGGAGCGAGCGACCGCGUCACCUGGAACGACAUUCACCACAAGACCAGCGUUCAUGGCGGCCCGACCAAUUUCGGGUAUCCGGACCCCCGGUAUAUGAAACGACUUCGCGAUGAACUGAAAGCCAAAGGAAUCGAGUGAUCGCCGCGUCCGUUGAACCCACUGCCCCCCCCACGGGGUCGCUCUCUUUUUUGGGGGGGUUUCCUUUAUCUCAGGUGAUUGGAAACUCGCGAUUAUCGGCUCUCCCUCCUCAAUAAAAUAAACUCAUAA